AUGGGUAACCUAAAGAGCAUCGGGCUCUUCUUCCUGGCCGCUUUUGCGACCACACAAGUCGCAGCCAAAUCAGACGUUAUCGACCUCAUCCCCUCCAACUUUGACGACGUUGUUCUCAAGUCCGGAACGCCCACCCUUGUCGAGUUCUUUGCCCCGUGGUGCGGCCACUGCAAGAACCUCGCUCCCACCUACGAGGAGCUCGCGCAGUCCUUUGCUGGCUCCAAGGGCAAGGUUCAGAUCGCAAAGGUCGACGCCGAUGCCGAGAAGAGCUUGGGCAAGCGCUUUGGUGUUCAGGGAUUCCCGACGCUCAAGUGGUUCGAUGGCAAGAGCGACAAGCCAACCAACUAUGAGGGCGGCCGUGACCUCGACAGCUUGGCUGGAUUCAUCACCGAGAAGACCGGCGUGAAGCCCAAGCGCAAGCUUGCUCCUCCCUCCAACGUUGUCAUGCUUAGCGAUUCGACUUUCUCCAAGACCAUCGGAGGUGACAAGAACGUUUUGGUUGCCUUUACUGCUCCUUGGUGUGGACACUGCAAGUCCCUGGCACCUAUCUGGGAGGACCUUGCCCAAACCUUCGCUCUGGAGGACGAUGUCGUCAUCGCCAAAGUUGACGCCGAGGCCGAGAACAGCAAGGCCACCGCCAACGAACAGGGCGUUAAGUCCUACCCCACCAUCAAGUUCUGGGCCAAGGGUCAGUCCAAGCCCGAGGACUACAACGGCGGCCGCUCCGAAGCCGACUUUGUCAAGUUCCUCAACGAGAAGACGGGCACCCAGCGUGCCGCCGGAGGCGGUGUCGAUGCCACCUCGGGCACCAUCGCCGCGCUCGACGCCAUCGUGGUCAAGUACACUGGAGGCACUUCGCUCAGCGAUGCCGCCGCCGAGAUCAAGAAGGAGGCCGAGGGCCUGAAGGACGCUGCUCAGGUCAAGUACGCCGAAUAUUACAUCCGGGUCUUUGACAAGCUAAGCAAGAACGACGACUUUGCCUCCAAGGAGCUUACUCGUCUGGACGGCAUACUCAAGAAGGGCGGUCUGGCCCCCGCCAAGCUUGACGAGCUUACCCGCAAGACGAACGUCCUGAGGAAGUUUGUCGAGAAGGUCACCGGCAAGGACGAGUUGUAA